AUGAUUUGGGGCUUUCCUUCUUCAUACGGCAUCUUCCAGGAGUACUAUGCCGCCAACGACUUUGCCGGGUCGAGCAACAUCGCUGUCGUUGGUACUUGCGCCAUGGGCCUCAUGUACAUGGGUCUCACAGGCUGGUACGCAGUCUUAAAGUUCUUUCCCAGCUUUCGGAAGUGGGCUGCACCUGUCGGCCUUGUGAUCCUGUGUCUGUCACUCACGUUGGGCUCGUUCUCGACAAGUGUGACUCAUCUCAUUCUCACUCAAGGCAUCAUGUAUUCGGUGGGUGGUUGUCUCGCCUGGUCACCUAUUUUGCUCUAUCUCGAUGAGUGGUGGGUCCGACGGAGAGGCUUCGCAUACGGAGUUGCCAUGGCUGGUCUGGGCUGUAGCGGCGCCAUUCUUCCCAUCAUCCUCGAAUGGCUUUUGCAGUCAUACGGUUUCCGAACGACGUUGAGAAUUUGUGCAGUCGCCUUCGCUGUACUGAAUCUUCCGAUUCUGUUCUUCUUCAAACCUCGACUACCACUCCCACAAACAUCGCAGUCACGGAAGUUCGACAUGUCUUUCUGGACGUGCCGCAAUUUUCUGAUAUUGCAGUCUGGCAACAUCAUCCAAAGCAUGGGUUUCUUUCUUCCUGCAAUUUACCUGCCAACCUAUGCCCGUUCACUUGGCGCGAGCACCAUCCAAAGUACAAUUACAAUCAUUCUACUGAAUGCAGCAUCCUUCGUGGGCUGUCUCUGCAUGGGCGCGGCGACCGACAAGUAUCAUGUUGUCUACUGCUUGCUUGUAUCAGCCAUGGGCUCAGCAGUAGGUGUAUUUCUCUUUUGGGGGUUUUCGACUUCUUUAGCGCUGCUUUACGUCUUUUGCAUUGUAUACGGUGCUUUUGCUGGAUCCCAGUCCAGCGCAUGGAGUGCAAUCGUCACCGACACACAGAAAAAGAGAAGGGGUGCGGACUCCGGGAUGGUAUGGGCAUUUUUGGCGGCAGGCAAAGGGGUUGGUAAUUUGUGCAGUGGCCCGCUUUCCGAAGCUCUUCUGCACGCAGGAAACUGGAGUGCAGGGUUCGCCUAUGGAAGUGGCUAUGGGGCUCUCAUCGCAUUUACCGGCGUGACCGCGCUCUUUGGUUGUGGGGGCUUUGCUGCUAAGCGCAUUGGGUGGCUGUGA